AUGGAGCCAGCUAGAGCUGAACAAACCGAUUAUUUGGUUAUUCAGAGAAUAUGGAGUCUCAUUGACCAUGCAUUGAUUGCCCGCUGUAAUAUGGAAGAACCCAUUCGCAGUGCCGCUGUGAGUACAGAUGGCAUCCAUCUUGCUCUUGGAAUGAAGGACGGUUCUUUUACUGUGUUGCGGGUCAGAGACAUGACUGAGGUUGUUCAUGUCAAGGACAGAAAGGAGGCCAUUCAUGAGUUAAAAUACUCCCCUGAUGGGGCGCACCUGGCUGUGGGCUCCAAUGAGAACUCGGUGGAUAUUUAUGGAGUUGUACAGCGCUACAAGAAAGUGGGAGAGUGCAUUGGCUCUACCAGUUUCAUAGCCCAUAUGGACUGGUCUGCAGACAGUAAAUAUUUGCAAACCAAUGACGGAAGUGGAAAAAGACUCUUAUACAAAAUGCCAAGUGGUAAGGAGGUCACUAAUAAAGAAGAGUUCAAACUGGUGCAGUGGUCCACCUGGACCUGCUCAUUGGGUCCAGAAGUGAAUGGAAUAUUGCCUAAAUAUUCGGAUAUUAAUGAUAUUAAUUCAGUAGAUGCAAACUUUAAAAAUCAAGUUUUAGUCACUGCCGAUGAUUAUGGAUCAGUAAAACUUUUUCGAUAUCCUUGUUUAAAGAAAGGUGCAAAGUUUAAAAAAUAUUUAGGUCAUUCAGCUCAUAUAACAAAUGCCAGGUGGUCCCAUGAUUACCAGUGGGUUAUUACUAUUGGCGGAGUGGAUCAUUCUGUAUUCCAGUGGAAGUUUAUCCCAGAAAGAAAAUCAAAAGAUGCCCUUCAUAUAGCAAUAGCACCUCAAGAAACCUUAACAGAAUCCCACAGUGAGGAAUCGGAUUCGGAUCAGUCAGAUGUGCCAGAGAUGGACUCAGAAAUUGAGCAGGAAACCCAGCUCACUUAUCGACGACAGGUUUACAAAGAAGAUCUACCUCAGCUUAAAGAGAAAUGCAAAGAAAAACAGAGAGCAUAUGCAGCAAAGAAAAGGGUGAGCCCUCCGACAAGCAGCAUUCGACUGCACUUCAUCCACGGGUACAGGGGUUAUGACUGCAGGAGCAACCUCUUUUAUACCCAGACUGGGGAGAUUGUGUACCACGUGGCGGCAGUGGGAGUGGUGUACAAUCGGCAGCAGAACACACAGCGCUUCUACCUGGGACACGAUGAUGACAUUCUGUGUUUGGCCAUUCACCCACUGAAGGACUAUAUUGCAACCGGCCAGGUGGGACGCGAUUCCUCCAUUCAUAUAUGGGACUCUGAGAUGCUGAAAACCUUGUCAAUAUUAAAAGGGCACCACCAGUAUGGAGUGUGUGCUCUUGAUUUCUCAGCGGAUGGUAAGUGCGUGGCUUCAGUGGGACUCGAUGACAAUCACACUAUUGUUCUGUGGGACUGGAAAAAAGGAGAAAAACUGUCAGCAAUCAGGGGAAGCAAAGAUAAAAUCUUUGUCAUCAAGAUGAAUCCAUACAUGCCUGAGAA